AUAAAAAGGCCCAACCCACUAAAAUCUAUUAGCAAAAGCCCAAUUUCAGUCCAUAUAUGACGAAACGUUAACCGUCAGGGUUUUACUACUUGGGAGAAGACGGAGGCCUCUUAAAUCUUAAUGCUAACAGACGAAUAAUAAUACGCCACGUGUAUAAUUGAACCGUCACCGCCUUAUCGUUACCGCUGUCAUAAACGAAUAGCUAUUUUCGUGCUCGGAAAAAGCAGAGUAAAGCUUUAAAAAAUGGUGAUUUUAUCGGCGAGCUCCACUGUGAGAGCUGCCUUAGAUACACAACCUAGACUUCCCUACAACCCUAAUGCGCCGCGAAAAGUUAAGAAAAUCCCUAACGGUAAUUCAUUCUUACCGCCGCCGUCACCUGCACCGUCUCCAGGAAUCAGCAUCUCCGUCGCCGAUUUGCUCAAGCGUCCUUCAAGUAAAGAGAUAACUGUUGACGUUGAUGAUACUUAUAUGGGAUAUGAGACAUGGUCUCCAAGUCCACCAAAGUUGGAGAAACCAAGAUCAGUCUUCAAUCCUGCUUCUUUAGCCUUUAUAGGCGAUUCCAUUUAUGAGCUAUAUGCUCGUAGGCAUUUUCUUUUCCCUCCGCUUAGUAUUGAAGAUUAUAACGAUCGUGUUAGAGCUGUGGUGCGCUGUGAAGCUCAGUAUGCUUUGCUGAAUAAACUUGUUGAUGAUGACUUUCUAACAAAGGAAGAGAGGGAUAUUCUUAGGUGGGGAAAGAAUCUAGGUUCUGCUAGAACACGUACAAGAAGGCGUGCAGGUAAUGCGGUUUAUAACAAGGCAUCAUCAUUGGAAACACUAAUUGGUUAUCUGUAUCUGACAAACGGGAAAAGAUUAGAAAAAAUAAUGGAGAAGCUAGGAUUCUCAAGUGAUUCUUCAACUGAGAUCGUGAUUGAAGAAACCAACCCUAAACCAUCAGAAUCAUCCAACCUGCCAAACUUCAUACUCAGUGAGUUAAAUCUACCUCCUCCAUUAAAUUCGAUCAUAAACUUCAUCAUUUGGUGGAUUCGCUGGAAGCUACACAAGUCAUAAACUCAUAUAACCAUCUUCUCCUUCGUUAAUUUGUAGACGAGCAAGUGGUGUCAUUUUAGUUGUAGGAAAAGGUCUUUACUCGGAUCAUGGAAAAGCUGAAGAAUCAAAGUUGUCUUAAAUGGCCGGUGUAGCAAGCAUAACAGUGCUCACUUAACCGGAGAAGACGUUUUUUCGUAUAUGUACAUACGUAUGUAUGAAUGUCCAACUCCUACUGGAUAUCAAAUCAAAAUGCCCAUUUUUGUCUUCUGACCAUGAUAGUUGUCCUCAUGGGUUGAUUCUUAAGCAAGUCUAUUAGUGUUGUACUAAACAUAUGAUAUUUAAACAAAAAAUAAUCAAAAGAAAUGUAAUAUCUAUAGCUACUAGGCAUUUUGUACAUGAUUCUGCUACUAGCAUUGAAUCAUUUGAUCUUAUCAUAUAAAUUCGAAUCUUCAGCAAGUUGAGC